AUGCGACUCCUGCGUCGAAAUAAGAGAGAUCAGCUAAUAAAAGCAUCAAAAUCUCGACGGAAUGUAAACAGCUCUGACUUGGACGUUCCCGGCAAAUCAUAUAAAGUCUUUUACAAUGAACGGCUAACGAAGGAAAAUAGAAUGCUUUUUCGUGAAACAAGAACUAAAGCCAAAGAACAUGAUUACUCCUAUUGCUGGGUCACUCAGGGUAACAUCUUCGUCAAGCAACGGGAAGGUAAAGCAGCGCAGCCCGUACGUUCAUUUGAUGAUCUCGCUCGCAUCUUCGGGAUCUGA